AUGUGGCGAUCACUACACAAGAGAGCGGACUGCGUCAACAAUGACGAGGUCGACACAUGCGAAAAGUACACAAGCAAAUUCUUGACAACAGGGGUCCCCUUGAUCAUUGGUCUAUGCCUGUUCCUCAUCCUCGGCAUCGUCCUCUUCGUCAUUGUGCGCCGCAAGCGCAAGCAGAGCCAUGCCCAAGAAGCCGAGAAGAACCGCCACAUCGACGACGAUAUAGGCGAUGUCGAACUUGUCAUAACGGGGCCCAGAAAUCCAGACGCGACCUACAAACAGUGGGAAGCGAGGGGGUCGAGUCCCGGGUUGGAGCCGUUUGAGCACGACUCGAUGGUGCCUGGUCGGGACAUCUCGCCCGCGAAGCGAUAA